GACAGCCCGUGUCUCAGGGUGAAGCGGCGCUCAAAGCGGGGCCAGGUGGGCAUUGUGCAGGUCGGCGUGGAGACCUAUGGAGGUGGCAUCUGGAACACCUGGUUUGACCGCGACCUCACUGUGGCUGGGAGGGUGAUCAUAAAGGACCCGGCCACAGGGCGCCUGGAACAGCGUCUGGUACGUGUGGAGCGGCCCAUCCUCCGCAUUCCCCACCUGGCCAUCCAUCUGCAGCGCAGCAUCAAUGAGAACUUUGGGCCCAACACUGAGCACCACCUGGUUCCCAUUCUGGCCACUGCUGUGCAGGAGGAGCUGGAAAAGGAGGUGCUUAUGGAUUCCACACCUUGCAAUGCUGCGGCCCAGGCAGAGCGGCACAGCCCUGUCCUGCUUUCUCUGAUCUGCCCCCAGCUGGGGGUGAAACCUGAACAGAUUGUGGAGAUGGAACUAUGCCUGGCAGAUACACAGCCAGCGACUCUGGGUGGUGCCUUCGAUGAGUUCAUCUUCUCCCCACGUCUGGACAACCUGCACAGCUGCUACUGUGCCCUUCAGGCCUUGAUCGACUCAUGUGCAGCACCCUCCUCCCUGUCCCAGGAGCCCAAUGUGCGUCUCAUUGCACUCUACGACAAUGAGGAGGUAGGGUCAGAGAGCGCACAGGGCGCGGAGUCUUUGCUAACAGAGCUGGUGCUGCGCCGGAUCUCAGCAUCACCACAGAACCUGACAGCCUUCGAGGAGGCUGUGGCCAAGUCCUACAUGAUCAGCGCUGAUAUGGCCCACGCUGUGCACCCUAACUACGUGGACAAGCAUGAGGAGAAUCAUCGUCCAGCUUUCCACAAGGGCCCCGUCAUCAAAGUGAACAGCAACCAGCGCUACGCCUCCACAGCUGUCACUGAAGCAGUCAUCCGGGACAUUGCCGCCCGCGUGGGCGUCCCUCUGCAGGAGUUCAUGGUGCGUAAUGACACACCCUGUGGCACCACCAUCGGCCCCAUUCUGGCCUCCCGCCUGGGGCUGCGUGUGCUGGACAUCGGCUGCCCACAGCUGGCCAUGCAUUCCAUCCGGGAGAUGUGCUGCACCUCGGGAGUGCUCCAGAGCAUCACCCUCUUCAAGGGCUUCUUUGAGCUCCUGCCAACGGUCAGCAGCAGCCUGGUGGUCGACUAAGUGCAGCAGGGCAGGAGCAGCAGCUCAUACAGUUCUGGGGCCAUUAAAGCAUCUCUGUCUCAGCA